GCUGGCAGUAAGACGCCGGAAGUUUACAUCAGAAGCUAAGCUAACGGGCUAGCUAACCCAGCAGAGACCUCUCAGCUCCGCGGACGGUUCGGUUCGGCUUGGCUCGCUGCUUCUGGAGAACAUUCAGGAGUCAAGAUGAGUCUGCAGUGGACAGCGGUCGCCACCUUCCUGUACAUUGAGGUCUUCCUUGUUCUUCUGCUCUGCAUCCCCUUCAUCUCCCCCAAGAGAUGGAACAAGAUCUUCAAGUCCCGGAUCGUGCAGACCAUCGCUCUGUAUGGAAACACCUGGUUCAUGGUGGCCCUUGCCAUCCUGGUCUUCCUCCUCAUUGAUGCUUUCCGUGAGGUGAGGAAGUACAGCGUGACAGAGAAGGUGGAUCUGACCAACAACCCAACAGCCAUCGAGCACAUCCACAUGAAACUGUUCAGAGCUCAGAGGAACGAGUACAUCGCUGGCUUCGCCCUGCUGCUCUGCCUACUGCUGCGUCGCCUGGCGACCCUGCUGUCCCAGCAGGCCUCGCUCAUGGCCUCCAACGAAGCUUUCAAGAAGCAGGCGGAGGGCGCCAGCACCGCCGCCAAGAAGUUCAUGGAGGAGAACGAGCUGCUGCAGGAGAAACUGCUUGAAGCUGGUAUCGAGGUGCCGGAGGCUGACAAGAAGGGAGCUGCAGUGAAGGCGGAGAGCAAGGAUCUAAAGGCGGAGCUGAAGACCCUGACGGAGGAGCUGGAGGCCACCAAGAAAGCUCUACAGAAGUCAGACAGUGAUGUUCGUGCCAUGAAGAAACAGUCGGAGAACCUGACGGUGGAGUACGACAGACUUCUGGAGGAGCACAGCAAGCUGCUGGCAAACGGCGACAAGAAGUCGGACUGAGGGUCAAGAACUUCAUCUUCAUCACCGUCCUCAAACUGUCCACAGGCUGGCCGAUGUCGCCGGGCUGUGAUUGGACGAUCAUGCUGUCACGUUCCUCUUCUGUCUCCGUAACUGCAGUUUCUGUUUGAGUUGUCUGGUUUCUGCUCUGGUUUCCAGCAUUCCCGCUCUGGUUUCCAGCAUUCUGCUCUGGUUUCCGGCAUUCCCGCUCUGGUUUCCAGCAUUCCUGCUCUGGUUUCCGGCAUUCCCGCUCUGGUUUCCAGCAUUCCCGCUCUGGUUUCCAGCAUUCCCGCUCUGGUUUCCAGCAUUCCCGCUCUGGUUUCCAGCAUUCCCGCUCUGUUCUCCGGCAUUCCCGCUCUGGUUUCCGGCAUUCCCGCUCUGGUUUCCGGCAUUCCCGCUCUGGUUUCCAGCAUCCCCGCUCUGGUUUCCAGCAUUCUGCUCUGGUUUCCAGCAUUCUGCUCUGGUUUCCAGCAUUCCUGCUCUGGUCUCCUGCAUUCCUCGAAUGGACUCUAAAUGUGCUCUGCUAGAAAAGACAAGCGUCAUUUCAGAAUAAAAGCAUUGUCUUUCAUAUUAGACACUUUGGAUGUUUAGGUUUAAACGUCCAGAAAUGAAAGUGAACAGUGAAACUGUAAUUUCUGCCGGACGUCUCACGAACAUGAAUGUUUUGAACCGGACCGCCUCCUGGGAUCAGAACUCCAGUGUCUCCUGUGGUCUCUCUUUGUGGACUGUGAUCUUUUUUUUGUUUGAAAUGUUCUCUGAAGUCGCUCAUGACUGUUGCGUUAAAGGCGUCAGGGAAAGUCCUGAAGAUGUUUUCUGCUCUUUCGCCACCAGACCUCCAGUACAGACGCUAAAUCACAGAAAAGUGGCGGUCUGGAGUUUCGCUGGUGUAACUGAUGGUCUCUCUUUUCUGUUAAUAAACAUGCUCGUCAUGCACGA